AUGUCCUCCUCCCUCGUGGCGCUGGCCCUGUUGGGGCUGCUCUCUCUGCCCUGCCUGGAUGCCGCCGACCGUGUUCCAAAGGUUCAGGUGUACUCUCGCCAUCCAGCAGAGAAUGGAAAGCCAAAUUUCUUGAAUUGCUAUGUAUCUGGAUUUCAUCCACCCCAGAUUACAAUUGACCUUUACAAAAAUGGCAAGAAAAUCACAGAGAAAGUAGAACGGUCAGACUUGGCUUUCAGCAAAGAUUGGUCUUUCUACCUCCUGGUCUACACUGAAUUCACCCCCAACGAUCACGAUGAAUUCACUUGCCGUGUGGAGCAUUCUGCUCUCAAGGAACCCAAGAUAGUUAAGUGGGAUCGAGACAACUAA